UCUUCUUUGACCUUGUCUAGUUGCCAGCUUCUUCUUGGACACCUACUGAAAGAAAUCGAAGAGAAUCCAGUAGCUGUUGAUCUUGCUGCAAUGGUUGAAGUUUUAAUAAGGAACUGUAGCGUAAUAUCAGCUUUUGAUCGCAAACAGACUUUACCAGCCCUGACACCUGUGCACAAAAUUAGUGAUCAGCCUUUAACUGCUCCACCACCAGCUCAAACAGCCACUACAAGCGAGUCCGUUACAACGCCUUCAAAUAUUUCUAAUCCCGUCAUGAAUAAUUUGUCGACACUUAAUCCCAAACAUAGUUCCAGUCAAAUCCUAAAUGACGUGGGGUCUGCAAGUAGCACUCGAGCCACAUGUACCGGAGAGCGCUUGCAGCAGCUUACUGCAUUAGUCUGGCUCAAAACAUUUUUGAAAUUGGAUAGACAACGCUUACUUUCGUAUACCGAUGGUAUCAUCGGCGCCGUAUUACCAAGUUUCGCAUUUGGGAUGCCCAACGCGCCAGCUGACAAAGAUGGAAGAGGUACUAAAUUAAUGAUUGCGCAUUAUUUUAUGCAUAUGCUACUUCCUAAUAUUCUUGUUUCUCUUUUUUAUAAAGGGGUGACCGAACAAAUAUUAUGCUUAUUACCUUAUCAUUUUAAAGGUUACAUUUAUAAAAUAAAAUAG